AUGCUGGUAUCCAGACUAGCAUUUGAAAAGGUAGCUCGCGAGAUGCUCGAGUUGCCAAUCGGGAGCAAACAAUAUUCUCGAGAAAGAGAGAAACGAGUGUUCCGGGCUGCAUUUGGUACAAGCUUCGAGGUUUGCUCCGAAUUGUGGUCCAAGCUCGAGCCAAAGAAAAAGAUAUCGCGUCGAGCACAGCCAAAGCAUUUGCUGUGGACGCUGAUAUACUAUAAGUUCACAGAUGGGAUCGCUGAUCUGGAAGAAGUCGUUAUAGUUUGGGCGAAUCGUUUCAAUGACUGGGAUGGGAAGUGCAUCGCACUGGUCACAGUCGAUGGCACAGAUGUUUGGAUGUGGGAGCCAUCGCCAAGAUCAAGGAUAUGGUGGAGUCAUAAGCACAAUCGUGCUGCAAUGCGAUACGAAAUUGCACAAUGCAUUCAGACAGGAGACAUUGUGGCCAUCAACGGUCCCUUUCCGGCAAACUUGAGUGACAGGGAAAUCUUUGACGCUAAUCUUUCCCUCAUGCUCAUGCCUGGUGAAUGCGUCGAGGCAGAUAAUGGGUACUCCGGUAGAAUUCAGAUCAAGACUAAUGCUGUAGGAAAGGAUAGCAUCACCAGGAAACAAAAAUCGGUGGCUAGGGGACGACAUGAAAAUGUCAACAGGCGCUUGAAAAUUUUCAAAGUAAUGGAAAGAUGGGAAAGCACAAAUACCGAGAAACAUGGAAAGAUAGCUCGUGCUGUGGCCGUCAUUGUGCAACUUUCCUUUGAGAAUGGAGCGAGAUUGUACCCGGUUAAAUAUGAAGUCACCUAUGACUAA